AUGUUAUUUUCCAGAGCCGAAACCGAGAGAGGACUCAACAGGAAGCACAUCAUUGAAGGUCUGAGGAGCUCCCUACAGAGGAUGCAGCUGGAGUACGUGGAUGUUGUGUUUGCAAACCGGCCCGACAGCAACACUCCCAUGGAGGAGAUUGUGAGGGCGAUGACCCAUUUGAUCAACAAUGGCAUGUCCAUGUACUGGGGGACAUCACGAUGGUCUGCCAUGGAGAUUAUGGAAGCGUACUCAGUUGCACGGCAGUUUAACCUGAUCCCUCCGGUGUGUGAGCAGGCUGAGUACCACUUCUUCCAGAGGGACAAGGUGGAGACACAGCUACCUGAGCUCUACCAUAAGAUAGGUGUGGGUGUGGUCUCCUGGUCACCUCUAGCCUGUGGAAUCAUCACUGGGAAGUAUGAGAAUGGCAUCCCAGAAUGCUCCAGGGCCUCCAUGAAGCCGUACGCCUGGUUAAAGGAGAAGAUAGUGAGCGAAGAAGGGAGGAAACAACAGGCCAAGCUGAAGGAGCUCACUACCAUCUCUGAAAAGCUGGGCUGCACUCUGCCACAAUUAGCUAUCGCCUGGUGUCUGAGAAAUGAAGGAGUGAGCUCAGUGCUGCUGGGAACGUCCAACCCCAUCCAGCUUAUAGAGAACCUGAGGGCCAUGGAGGUCAUUCCAAAGAUGACAGCAGGCAUUGCCACAGAGAUUGACCACGUCUUGGGAAACCAACCCCACAGGAAGAAGGACUUCCAACAAGCACAUUAG